ACAGAGCACAUUGUGAUGACGCCUAAGUCCAAGGCGGCUAAAUCUACCACAUUAAUUAUUGAACGUCAAGCACUGGAUCAUCCGGAGAAUACUAACAAUCAGCAAGAUGUUCAUAUCGCUGGUGGCGACCACAAAGGAAUAGUCAUCAAUAAACACGCAGUUGCUGUUUCAAAUGGAAUCAACGAUCCAGCACAUGUUUGUCUUGAGUUUCGGGUAUUUUUAGUUAGCGCGCAAACUAAAAAACAUACGCAAGAAUCUCGUACUCUACAAUUUUGGUUUAUUAAUUCUUUAUCUGAAGCGGAACAUCCAAGUGUUGCUCAAGAGUUUUUUCGGGAACUUAUUACGUGGGCUUCAUAAAAAAAAUAAUGAAAUUAAUGCAGCACAAAUAUCCGAGCAUAAAAAAGCUCGAAGUCGAACUGAAACAACUGGAAGAACCAAUUACAUUACCAACCAGACCGUUGUCGGCCGAUGAGACAAUAAUGGGCCAGUCUGUUGAGUUGACAUCUGAGAAAGUCUUGGAAUUAAUUGAAUCAGCCUAUCCAAAUCCUGUAACUGUAAUUGAUAUUGCUAAACAAUACAAUUGGGAACCAAAUGAAGUUGAAGCGAUAAUGAACGAACUGCAAACUAAAGGAUUAGUGAAAGCAAUGGAACACGGAGCGUUUACCCGAGUGGCUCAUGAAGAUACGCAAAUAAAGGUUGUUAAACAAAUGCCAAAAAUGGCAAGCGCUAAACAACCAACAAUAGCAAUUAUCACCGCUCAGUACUGUGAAAAACUUGCGGUAGAUUCGAUGAUUGAAAACAAAGAAACUUUUGUUCGCUACACUACUGUUGGUACUGCAAGUUCUCCAGAUUCUCCUGACGGUGUACCUCGAGUAAUUUGCCGAUUUGGAGAGUCUAAUGUUUAUACGCUGGGUAAUAUUGGGGAUCAUCGGAUAGUCUGCACAAAAUUACCGCGGGUUGGUCAUGAGAGAGAAGCUAUGACUGCUGCAGGAAAUACAACGACGCGGUUAUUAGGAACAUUUCAAAAAGUUGAUUACGUCUUUUUGGUGGGAGUCGGUGGUGGAGUACCUCAUUACACUGAUUACAAUAAGCACGUGCGCUUAGGAGACGUUGUAGUAUCUUACCCAACACCAAUGACUAAAAAAUACGUGUAUAUUUACUGCGAAGGUGCGAAACACAAUGAAGAAGACGGUAGUUAUCAUUUUGAUACCAAAGAGUACUGUCCUGUUAAUUUGGGGCUCCAAGAUUUGGCAAUGAAUAUUAAAAAACAGGCUGAAGACGAAUCAAAUGUACCGUGGAAAAAAUACUUAAAAGAAGGCCUUGAGAACCUAGACAACCUUCAAUCAGAGCACGACUUCAAACAGCCGCCUCUGGAAUCAGAUAAAUUAUAUAUGGCCAUUGGGGACCGGGAUGUAAUCGAAGUCGCACAUCCGGCGGCUCCACAAGACACUGCGAACAAAAGGAUGAUUGGAUGCCCUCGCAUGCACUUGGCAUCAAUUGCUUCCGGUAGACUGAUAUCCCGAGACGAUCAAUUGAGGCAGAAAUUUGCAUCAAGAUUUGGAUGUCUCGCAUUUGAUGGGGAAAUGGAUGCCGUCGUUGAAAGUAUUCUCGGAAAUUGCAGAGAUAGCUUCGCUGUGGUAAGGGGAAUUUGUGAUUACAAAGAUGGUUCUCGGGGCAAAGAAUGGCAGCCCUAUGCUGCGCUUGCCGCUGCUAGUGUCGUCAAGUCGAUCAUUUGUUCGAUGGACCCGCCGACUAAUGUUUAA